CUACACGAUUUGACGCAUUUUAGUGUCUUUUAUUUUGACAGAUAUAUCCCGGAUGUAACCCAAAGCUGAGGUCUGCUGGCAAAUCAAAUAAAAAUGUAUUGAAUUACUUAACACUAUAAUAUACAUUUAUUUAUUUAUUUAUUUAUUUAUUUAUUUUUACAUAAAAACAUUUAUUAUUACAUUAAAAAGCAGUGCUGCUGCAUUCGAGUCAAACACAGACUUUUUAGUUAUGAGGUUUAAAGCCUAUUACUGCCACCUGGUGGCCACAAAAAAUACAGCGUUGUCUUUAUACUGGAGUGAAAUGGUGUAGUUCAGUAUGAAAUAUAGAAAAUAUUGUGAAUAUAUUCAACAAAAUAUGAAAGUGAAUAGACCCAACUAUCACUGUGAAAUUUGUUAUAAGUUAGUGGUGGCUAAGAUUUUCAAUAUCUGAACUGGUAAGCUGUCUCUGUUGGGCCUUUUCAGCCGGACACAGGGUACUAAACUGUGCUCACUCUCUACUUAGACCUCAGUGUGCUUUCAGGCUGGAAUAUACAAAGGCAACUAAAUAUACAGGGUAUAUUUUUGUAUGAGCUCCACUACAUAACUGGACUGUGCCAUAGUUUAUCAUGCCUAACUCGAGAAAAUGCAUAUAAUUUUUUAUUUUAUUUUUUUAAAUAUGUAAUAGUGUGAUUACUGUGUGCACAUGAAAUGUCUUCAUCUUCACCGCCUGCAUUAUCCUGGUCAGCGGCAUAGUAAAUCAUUUUCAGUGGCACUAAUUUGUCAUGUUUAGUACUCAACAAACUGUUAUUUGCAUUGUGUAAAAAGAAUGCCAUUUGACAGAAAACCUGUAUGGGUGGUUUCGAGAGCCAGCUGAAGUAAUAACAGAUAACUAAGAAGAAUGGGAGGAGAUAAACCCAUGGAGUCUGACAAGACAGUUCCUUAACCAGUAAAGAAGGAAACUGGAGAGAGAAAAAGAGAUUUAGUAAAGUCAGACACCACAGGAACGACAGACACGAUGACUGAAGAAAGACCAUCCAGCAGCAUAUCUGUGCUUCACUCUAUGCUGAACAGACUGAAGUCUUCGGAAAGGCCCCAAGGUUCAUCUCAUGUCACAGCACAACACUGUAGAUACUCAAAGGAGACGAACCAGUGUGGCAGUGUAUUUAUCGCAGAGUCAGACAAACCGGAGUGGAAUUUUGCGGAGUCAAAUCCUUCAGAAUUCUCAGUCAAACCUGAAAGGCAAAACGAUUCUGAUGUACAUUCAGAAUAUUUCACCCGGAGGACAGGCUUUCAAGAGUCCAGUCCUACUACUAACAUAUUUCUCAAAAGCAGACCACCAGCUAAUUUCUCGCACAAUUUCAGACACGAUGCCAGGCAAGAUUUACAGCCCCGUGAGAGAAAUCUCUCAUGGGAAAAAAUGAAAGAAGAGCAAACAUCACAAGCUGAGUCCUCAUCCAGCAUUCUGAAGAAUAAUCCUCCUCGUGGUCUAUUUAUUCACAACCCAACAGGAUCCUCCUUCUUAAACUCAGAACCUAGGUUUUUCGAAGGAGCAAAUGUGCCAGCAGAGUAUGAAAUAAUGAAGCAACCUCGCUGGACUGAGAACACAGUUACGGCUGUGGAAAACGCAGAGCCUCCACCCCUCCCUCCUAAACAGAGGAAUCUUAACAGGAUGCAUGUCCAAUUACAAAGGACGUUUACGCUAAAGGAUUUCAAAUUGGACCUCGAGCCCAUCAACUUGCUGGAGGAGAUUUGUACAGGAGAAGAAUGGGCAAAAUUCCUGCCUGUUAAAGAUUCCCCACCUGAAACAGAUGCCAAAGCCUACUCGCAGACAGAGGAUUCUCAUGAUUCAAAUGAUGAUAUCGGAUCUCAGAAUGCGGUCAUGAAGCCGGACCUAUCAGCAGACAAAGAGCAGUCAGAGAUCCCUUCUAGGCCAGCCAGUAUUACUGACAGUCAGGUGGACAGGGUAAUCCAGGUCAGAGAUGAAACAUCAGAUGCUGCUCUUCUCAAAACACCAGUAAGACAUAUUAUAGAACCACAAAGGAUAUCUGAUGAGCCAGAAUAUGAACAAUUUAAAGGUGAUGAAAAUGACCUUGUGGUAAGAUAUGCGUAUGAUAAAAAUGACCUGAAGAAGGACACACCACUUGAUUUGUCUGUUGUCAAGCCGUCAAGAGUACUUGACAAUUCUGCUCUGAAGAGUCGAAUCCAGCUGAGCAAAAAAAGAAAACAUCGACCACCAGGAAAGAGAAAAAAGGGAAAUAAACAAAUGGCCUCCCCAGAGCCCUUUCAGUCCUCCCCUUCUUCACAUGCUCCUUUCUUUGCCUCCUCUAAAUUUUAUACUUUACCAUGUUCAGAAUCUAACACACAUGAAUAUUCCCAAACAGCUGCACCUGGUAAUGGGAAGGCACUUCUGCAAAGGAUAUCAGAAACACCAGAAUUUUACAGCAAUGAUCAUGACAUUAAAGAAGUAUCUAUGAUUUAUAAAAAUGAUCAGCCGUCAAACAAGGCAAAUUUGAUGGAGGUGCCCCUUGAUUUUUCUGCUGUCAAGUCCUCAGGACUUCUUGAUAAUUCUGCUCUGAAAAAUCGAAUCCAGCUGAGCAAAAAAAGAAAACAUCGACCACCAGGAAAAAGAAAAAAUGAAAAUACCAAAACGAAGUUUCCCUUUAUAAACUUAAAUCGGCAACGCAAUACGUCUGCAGAGUCCUUUCAGCCUCACCCUUCUUCAAAUCCUUCUGUCUUCACCUCCACUGCAUUUCAUAAUGAUACCAAUGGUUCCCACACAGCUGUUCCUGGUAAUGAGAAGCCAAAGAUAAAAGACAGACUCUUGAAACCCAAGCUAUGGAAGAUAAAGAGCUAAUUCAUCUGUGGAGAUUGUAACAGGAACCAGACUCAAGCGGGUCCCGAUUAUACAUGUAACCUACAGCUGUAAAAAUAUAAAUACUGUUUAUAUAACUUUUUUUGUAUUUACAAACUAAAAUAGUGAAACAUUUGGGCCAAAAUAAAUGUACAGCGUUCCCAAAUGUAGUUGAAUAGCUAAGACAUGUCUGGUGUAUGAGGUAUGCUAAUUGAAUUUUGUCCAGGAGCAGGUAGGUUAAUUAGGCUUGUUACUUGCUAACAAGAGUGUUAAGUUUACGGUAUAGCUACUUGCUUAGCUGCAUUUAUUUAAAUCAUCACACACUUGGCUUAAAGGGCAUUAUUUGGUUCAGUAAGUCGUUUAAACAUUCAAGAAUUGUAGAAUAAGUACAGACUGACAUAAAUUUUUCAUCGGAAUCCCUACUAAUAUUUAUUUCUGGCUUCAACCUCUGGGCCACAGCACCUAUGUAACUGAGAGGUUUGUACAACAUGGCAAGAAACUAUUUACUGAGGAAGACAGCUUUAAAAAAUGUUUUUUUUUGCCUUAUGUCAAUUUCCAUUUUAUUUUUAUAGCACUUUCAACGACAGACAAUGUCACAAAGCAUUUUCAGAAAUCCAGAUGUACAAGAUUAAGAUCCAUAAUGAGCAAAAUAGAGGUGACAAUGACAAGGAAAAAUUCCUGAGACUUCAUGAGGAAGUAACCUAGAGAGACUCAAAAGAAGAACCCAAUCUCGUUUGGGUGACACUGAAUAAUAUAUGAGAUAAUAUUCAUUUACAGUAUACAGCUGUAGAAGAGUUGUUACAUAUACACAUACAGCUCUGGAAAAAAAUAAGAGACCACUGCAAAAAUAAUCAGUUUUUUUUUCUUACAGGUGCAUGUAUUGGUGAGAUGAACAGUUUUGUUUCAUUUUUUGUGAACUGCUGACAAUAUUUCUCCUAAAUUCAAAAUAUAACUAUUGUUAUUUAGAGUGUAUAUUUAAAGGAAAUGACAACACAUCAAAAUAACCCAA